CCAUCUGUUUUGUUUGGCUCUGAAAACCGCAAGAGAAAAAUGGAAACCGAAAGAGAUGGACAACAUGUGGUGGCCCACGACACUCAAGUAAGGCGGAUCAGGGAGAUUGAAAUGGAUCUUGACGAUGGUGCUGAUAAAGAGGAAGGUGAAUCAGACUCGUCUACAGACCUAAUAAAGAAAAAAGUCUCCCAGUUUGUGAUGUCUUUUGGAUUCAGGCUUUUUGGAGUUGUGCUUAUUUUUGUGGACAUCUCCCUUGUGAUUCUGUCUCUAAUGAUUGCUCACAAAUACCACUCUGUUGAUGUCAUGAUUGGAAAUAUCUCUCUGGCCAUAGCAUUCUUCUUCCUCUUUGAUGUCCUCCUGCGAGUGUCCAUUGAAGGCUUCGAAAAGUACUUUGAAUCCAAUCUAAAUAUUCUAGAUGCUAUCAUUGUUGGGGUCACGCUGCUGAUCGAUUUUGUGUAUGCCGUCUCUGACUUCAGCGGAAUAAGCCUAAUUCCAAGAGCGGUUAUUAUUUUUCGUAUCCUGAGGGUUAUAAUUCUGAUAAGAAUAUUUCGACUGGCAUCGGAGAAGGAACGACUUGAAAAGCUCACGAGGAGGCUAGUAUCAGAAAACAAAAGGCGUUACACGAAAGAUGGGUUUGAUCUGGACCUCACAUAUGUCACUGCUCGUGUUAUAGCAAUGUCCUUUCCAUCUUCUGGGAAGCAGUCUUGGUACAGGAAUCCUAUAAAGGAAGUUGCAAGGUUCUUGGAUACGAAACAUGAAGGCCACUACAAAGUCUACAACCUUUGCAGUGAACAGGGCUAUGACCCAAAGAUAUUCCAUUACAGGGUGGAGAGAAUAUUUAUUGAUGACCAUAAUGUUCCCACUCUAGAGGAGAUGGUCCAAUUUACGCAAGACGUGAUGGAAUGGAUGUUGCAAGAUGACAACAACAUCAUAGCAAUACAUUGCAAAGGAGGCAAGGGUAGAACUGGCACCAUGAUUUGCAUCUGGCUUAUUGAGAACAGCCUGUUUGAAAGUGCAAAGGAAAGUUUACAGUACUUUGGUAAAAGAAGAACCGAUGAAAGCACAAGCUCCAAGUUUCAGGGUGUUGAAACUCCAUCACAGAAUAGGUACGUUGAGUAUUACGCAACCUUGAAAUGGAAGUACAACCUGCAGCUCCCAAAACCGAGACCACUUGAAAUAAAAAGCAUAAAGCUCUACGCUAUCCAUGGAGUUGGGAAAGGCAACGGGAGCGAUUUGAGGGUGAAGAUAAUAAUGGAGAAGCAAGUGGUAUUUUGUUGUGUUUGUGCAACCCAAGAAAACUGCCAGUUGUUCUUUGAUGGCGAAAACGACUGGGUGGUAAUUGCUUUUGAAUGCUGCCCCAUAGUUAGCAAAGAUGUGAAAGUCAGAUUUGAAUCUUCUUCAUCUGCGAUUCCAAAAGGCUACGAUGACUGCGCUUUCUUCUUUUGGUUCCACACAGCCUUUGUAGAGGACAACAGGCUUUACCUUUCUAGAAAUGAAAUUGAUAACCUACACAAGCCAAGGAUGUGGAAGACUUUCAGGGAAGACUUUGCUGUGGAGCUGCACUUUGCUGAACCCUAACCAGAAGUGAACAGUGGCAAGUUCCUUCCCAGGAUCAUGAUCCUCUGCCACCACUAUGGCAUUGCCUUCUAAAUCUCAUUUGUGUCUGUAUAGGAGCAUGCAGAACUGAAGAUUGAACAGAGAGCUUGCCUAGCUAUUUUGUGUGUUGCUUAUAAUGAU